CAACAACAAUCACAAACAUCUGCAGGGGGCAAAAGCAUCGAGAAAGGUUUCUUAGCAAAGCAAACGAGCUUGUAAAUCAUGAUAUAAAACUUUAUCGGUAUAUAUGUUUUAUAAGAUUGUUUGAAAUAAAGAUGUCUUGAUGCACAUCCCAAAGAUAAUUUGGAAUAUCGAUUGAGACUAUGGCAGCUAAAGAUAACCUUGAAAUGCCCUCUGCCCAAGAGAUCUUAGGCAGGACAAACUUGAAUCCUUCUCUGGGUAGCCCAAGUUCGUCACACAGUAAAGAUGUUUCUGGUCUGCAAGACACUGAGAACGAAGUUAAAGGACAAGAGCAUUCAUUUCUUAAUGAUAGGGGUGAUGUAGAGCAAAUGGAAAAUGGUCUCCUCGAACUGUUGGAUGAUUUCAAGAAAGGAAAGCUUCACGCCUUUGGUGGAGAUGCAUAUUUACAGGAAAUGAACCAAGUAAGAGAUUUGCAAGAAAAACUUUCAAAGUUGCAUUUUGAACUUGAAGAGGAGGAUCUGGGUCAAAGAAUGACUUUAUCUGAAGAUGAACAAGAAAAGAAAAGCCAGCAGAAGCUUGAAGAAUUGAUGAAAAAUCUUGAAAAGUUGUGCUCAUCAGUACAAAAUUUACAGCAAGAAAAUGAAUGAUUUUCAUUUUAGAUAUCUUUGCUGUCAUUGUCUUCCAGCUUUAUUUGGAACAGAAGGCAAUCUUGGACAUAAACAUACACAUGCUACGUGAACACAACAUAAACAGAACAAUAUUUACUGUGAUAAAGCCCCAUAUGCUAGGGAGAGACAUCAGACAUUUUAAUUUUAAUAUUUUAGUGUAAUGUAUUGGAUAUAUUUACAUCAUAUUUGAUUGUUUCUGAUCA